AUUGAUUAUGCGAUAGAUGGAAACGGCUGGACUGCGCGACGGGGCGAUACAUUUUUCGAAUAUGACGUAUAUGGGCGUGUACAGCGUGCUUAUAGGGCAGGAGUGGUAGAUAUUGCCUACGGUUAUGACGAUCAGUCACGCCUAAUCUGGAGACGAGUUGGCGAGGAAUACUUCUUCCGUUUCUUUUAUGCAUUCCCCGACCGACCGUACCUUCUCACGCAUUAUGCUAGGGCAGGCGAAUCACUGUCUACAAUCCUAUAUGACGAAGCAGAUGCGCCGUUUGCCGUAUACAGCGAUGGCAAAUAUUAUGCGCUGUUUUUGGAUGGCGAUGGCUCAGUGCGCUUCAUUUUCGCACCAGACGGAAAUACCGUGAAAGAAAUCAUCCAUAGUCCACUUGGUGCAACAAUUACAAAUCGCACCGACACAUUCUAUUUCCCACUUGGAUAUCGACAGCAGUUCGAAGAUUCAGUAAUCGGAAUCGUAAUCAUGGGUCCGGAAGCGCGACCAUACGAUACGUAUGCUGGACGAUUUAUGUCGGUUCCGAUUACAUUUGCUACUUCUCGAUUGGACGUCUUCGCUCCAGAAUUUGAAGCAGAUCCAUUUCGUGCAAAACCAACCCAGGCAAAUACGCUGCGUAAUUUCCCCCUUGAUUUGGAUCGAUGGAUGGAAAUGAGUGGGUUUACGCUCUCGCAAGUGCUGCCAGUGAUGCAGAAACCGAAUCGGAAUCCCAACAUACAUCGCCUGCUCAAUGUUCCGGCAGAGCUUUGUGCGGUCAGCUGGAACCAUGUGCUGUGCUCAGCUUUUUGCUCAGUGUUUCAAAAAACUACACACUUUAGGCAACUUCUAACGGCCACUUCGCCGUUGCUUCUUCCUGCUUCUUCCUCCACACCACCGUUCUUUCAUGCUCCUUAUUAUAAAGCAUCUUAUAGUAGUAGCGAUUCGGUUGGAUUCCGUGGCAUGAUACUUUCAAGGCACUCACCCCAUAAGUUUGAAGUAGUUGGACAUUCCACUGCCGAUGAUGUGAAAUUGGAUGCCUUUAAUGCACUGCUCAAACACAGCUCUUUGCUCAACAUUGCUGUGAAUCUGUCAACUUUGCCUACACAAAUCCAUUUUGUUACAAAUGCUACAUAUGAUAGCUUGGCAGUCAGUAAACUGGAAGCAUUAUUCAAUGUUUCGAGCCUCGAUUAUCUGUUGUUACUGCAAGCUGGUAAUACCCAGUUACUAUUUCAUCUGAACGAUAAUCCGGAAAUUGUGAAACAGGCAAUAAUUCGUGAACAGUCAAAUCGAAUAGUUUCGUUAAUUUGGGAAGACGAGACUGGCCGAGCUCGUUCCGGAGCAUUAACACGGCAUUCAUGGACCGAAGCAGAAUUAUCGCAGCUCAGGAAGACAGGUCGCGUGAACGGUUACGAGAUCCAGUUUCGACCGGGUAAAACGAUGUCGCUUCUCACGAACACGCACCUCUGGUCCUUUCAGAGGACAGCAUCAUAA